AUGGGGAGCACCCCGAUCCCUCCUGGAGAUAGCCAAGCAGUCCCAAAAGCCAAGCCAAAACCCAAGCCUAAGUCGAGUGCACCAAAGGUCAAGACUGAUGAGCAGUUGGCACGUGCAGCUGUGGUAAAGGCAAAUGCGAAUCUCCUUGAAAUUUCGCAGUGGGACUACAAGCUGGCGAACGCCAGUGUGCCCAAAGUUGUUCGGGAUGCUUACGUGAGCAGCAUGGAGACUGAGGGCAAGGAGCUCCGUGAUGCAAAGACAGCUGUGGAAUUGGCGCUGAGUUUGGGGCAGUCCUUAAAGGAACCCACCGAAAAGUUGGAAUCUGCGAAUGAAAACUACCGAAAGUCAAGUGGCCAAGUCAAGAAAGCAUGUGACCACAGCUUUGCUGAUUUCUUGAUUUCUUCGCUUGGCCGUGGUGCCACCUCUUGCGCGGAGCUUCAAAAAGCAGCUCAUGCCUCUGUGAAGGAGGCUGAGGUGGCCCGGCGUGGCUAUGUGAGUUGCGAGGAGAUUGGAAGUGGAGCAGAGAAGCCUUUGCUCUAUCCACCCACUGGGGAGCCAGGGCAGUUGGCGAUUCUGUCAGUACUUCGGAGUGUGGCGCGAUGGCGUUUGUUGCCCAAAGUGCACCCCUUUCGGCACAUGAACGAAGAUAUGCGAAAUCGGUUGUACAACUAUCGUUACUGUCAUACCUUUAAAGACGAAGAUAAUGUUGGCGUCUGCAAGAAGCUUGCAGAACGAGUAGCCAAAGGUGACUUAAUGGAAUACCGGAUCAUGACCCGGUUUCUUCUUCGAGUGGGUUCUUGGGCGCCAUGA